ACGAAAAUGAUACCGCUAACGAUUGGAGUGGCGCUACUCUGCGUGGUCGCUUUUGCGUUGCUAAACUACGUCUUCGGCUAUUGGAAGCGGCGAGGAGUUCGACAGCUGACACCGUUCUCCCCGUUUGGCAACAUAGCGGAUGUCUUCCUCGGUAAGGCAUCCUUCCCGAAGGCCUGCGAGAACCUCUACGAACGUAGCAAACAAUGGCGCCUGCUCGGUGGAUACAUCCUCCUGCGCCCUAUACUAUUCGUCAACGAUCCCCAGCUGCUCAAGGACAUCAUGGUUCGGGAUUUUCAGUACUUCCAUGACCGUGGUUCAUACGUGGAUGAAGUGAACGACCCGCUGAGUGGACACCUGUUUUCACUGGCCGGCGAAAAAUGGAAACAUCUUCGUGCCAAGCUGACACCGACCUUCACCAGUGGAAAACUUAAGGGUAUGUUCCAGACCUUGGUUGAUACGGGCAUAGUGCUGCAGGACUACGUCCAGACGUACGCCAAAAAUGAGGACGUCGUCGAGAUCCGAGAGAUUGUGGCCCGCUACAACACGGACAAUAUCGCAUCGAUUGCAUUCGGUAUUAAGAUCGAUUCGAUUAACAACCCAAACGAACUGUUUCGUCAAAUGGGGCGUAAGGUAUUCGAGCCAAACUUCCGUAACAACAUGCGUGGACUGAUUAAUUUCAUGGUGCCGAAGCUGAACAAAUACUUGAAGAUUAAAUCCGUUGAUGGCGAUGUGGAGCGGUUCAUCCUGAGCGUUGUGCGGGAGACGUUGGAACUCCGGGAAAAGACUGCCGUCACGCGCAAGGACAUGAUGCAGCUGCUGCUACAGCUUCGCAAUACGGGAACCGUUUCUAUCGACGAACGGUGGGAUGUAGAUACGACCAGCAAGUACAAGAGCCUCUCGCUGGAGGAGGUCGCAGCGCAAGCGCACAUAUUCUUCCUAGCCGGAUUCGAGACAUCUUCUACGACGAUGUCCUUCUGCCUGUACGAACUGGCCAAGAAUCCCUCGAUUCAACGCAAGGUUCAAAAGGAAGUCGAUUCCGCGUUGGACCGUCACGGAGGCAAGUUGACCUACGAAGGCAUAAUUGAAAUGCAGUACUUGGAAUGCUGCAUUGAUGAAACCCUGCGGAAGUACCCGCCUCUGCCGGUGUUGAACCGAGAAUGCACCAAAGACUACAAGGUCCCCGAUUCGGACUUCGUAAUCGAAAAGGGAACGGCAUUAGUGCUUCAGAUCGGUGCAAUGCAGCACGAUCCGCAGUACUAUCCGGAUCCCAUGCGUUUUGAUCCGGAGCGCUUCCAGGAUCCAGACGUGAAGAACAAACCAUAUGCGCCGUUCGGCGAUGGACCGCGCAUCUGCAUCGGGCUGCGAAUGGGCAAGAUACAGACCAAGGUGGGACUGUCGCUGCUGUUGUCCAAGUUCGAUUUCGCGCUGUUUGGUCACGAUGAACCGGAGUUGGUAAUGGAUACGAAUAACUUCGUCCCUACGCCGGUGGAUGGAAUCAAUUUGAGGAUUAGUUGCCGCGGGUAGAGCCGACGUAAAGAGGUUACGGUCG